AUGCCUCGAGGAAGAUCAGCCGUAAGCGCACGCUCAGAUAACAGUGAGGUUGAUGUUGAUGGAGCAGUAGAAGAGAUCGCCAAAUUGCAGAGACAGUUCAGGAUCAUGGAAGGAGAUCUGCAGGCCUACAACAUGCAGACCCGGAAACAGAUCCGCAAACAACAGCAGGAGAUAGAGGUGCUGCAGAAGGAGCAGGAGGAACUGCAACGAAACCUCGGUGCCUGUAACAGCUUGGCCCGUCAACAGCAGGAAAACAAGGACAUCCAGACUAUUCAGGUCCUGCUUGAGCAGAGAGAAAUGCUGGAAGAAGAGCUGCAGAAAGGCAAAGAAUGCCAGCAAGAGCUGCAGAAGGAGAUCUCCAGCAUGGAGUUGAAGCUAGCAGAGUUGAGAAAUGGAGCCGUUAGUAAUAGUAAUGCUCAAAGUUCCCCAGAACAGCGAAUCCAAAAGUCCAUACGCACUAUGGAAUACAAACUGAACAGAGCCUUGACUCGCUUAAAUAAGCAGUUGACCAAAAACAGCCAAGUGAGAGAGGAGCUGCAUACUCUUUAUAUUGAGCGUGUUCGUUUUCAGCAACUACACAACAGGCUAAGCAAGGAACUGCAGGAAGUACACAAGAAAAUUGGAGAAGUAAUCAACCAGUCCUCUGCUGCUUAUGACACAAGGGUGGAGGCUCACUCCAAGGCGACAAUGAUAAAAGAGAAGGCACUGAAGGACCGUGACCAGUACAGCGCUGAGUUGAAGGAGCUGGAGAGGGUUAUUGCGCAUGAGUCCACCCUGAAAACGUUCAUGAUCGUCAAGUGCAGUGAUGCAGGCAGGCAGGACGACGAGCAUGAAAUGGGACCUGGACAAUCUUUGGAGCCGAAAGAGCAGUCCAGGAUGGACUCUGGAGAAGAGUCACUGGAUGCUCUAGAGGAGGCGUUUGAAAGGAUUCGGAUUGCUACAGGGGAGGAGAACCUGGACCAGCUGGUCACCAGGUACAUUCAGGUUGAAGACCGGAACUUUGCACUUUUCAAUUUUGUUAAUGAGCAAACCAAUGAGGCUGAGGCACUGAAGGAAGAAAUUAGCAAGAUCAAACAAGACAUGGAGCAGUUUCGGGUUAAAGGUUUACAGCAGGAACGAGAGCACCGAUCUUUGUUGCAAGAUAUUGAUAAGCAACUAGAGGGAGUUUUAUCUCAAAGAAAGGCCAACGAGAACCGAGCCAGCAUCAUAAGCGAGAUCCUGGACAAGACUAAAACGGGUGUAAACAACAUCUUCACUAAAGUAGAGUGCGACCGCUCAGCGAUAGAAGAUAUGCUGGGCUCCUCCAGUGGGAUCACUGAGAACAACAUAAUGUCCUACCUCAGCUUAGUGGAGCAGAAGACCAACGAACUGCUCACUGUGCAGGCUUUCCUCAGUACUAAAGAUCUAGAAGACCCGGCGAGCUUCCCUUUGGGUCAGAAUCCAAAACUACUUCAGCAGAAUAUCAGCAUCCAACCUGCAGUCAACAGCGUGGCGUAUGAUGCAGAAGAGUCUCCUGUUACUGAUGAAGAAGAACGGCCACUCUCACAAGGGGAACUUCGCCAAAGGAUAAUGAAGGGAGUUCUGGAGAAAGAGUUCUGCACGACAGGCAGCAACAAGACCAUCAAAGAUCAGUCUGCAGUUCAGAGUCAGAUCACACCCACCGGAAGAGGCAGUAAUCUGAAACACUAA